AUGGAUGAGGACUCCGAUAAAACACCAGCGGCAGAAGAAGAAGAAGUGGUCAAAAAUAGUGAUGAGGCGACCAGGAACGAAGUGGUACAUUUCGUUGUGGUGAACACUACGAAGCUCAUGAAGUGGGUCACGAGGAAGCUUGCAAUCGCAGCUAAAGCUUCAAUCAAUGUAGCUACAAUCAAGGUAGCAUCUACAACAAUAGCCGCGGGAUGUACACUGCUGGCAUGGAAAUUCAGGCACCAAGUUCUGACUGGCAGUCUCCUGAGGAGCACUGUAACGCCCGCAUUUUUUGUUUACGGAGCAGGCCACGGUGGAUACUACGGAGCUUUCGGAGGAGCGUCAGCCGCCAUGGCUGUUCACCCUUCCAUUCCCAGUAUUGUUGCUGGUGCACUCAUGGGGGGUGGACUGGGCGGUCUUGCAGGAGCAUGGACGGCAGCGAUGGUAGUAGAGGGAAUUCUGCAUCGGAUUGGCAAGAAAUUCACUCUUUAG